AUGUCCUCCAUUCAGAAAGUUGCCCUGUUCGGAAAAGGGUUCCUCGGUUCCGCGGUGCUCGAACACCUCGUCAACGCCGGGUUCACAGUGACGGUCUUCACUAGGUCCCGAGAUUCUCUCCAAGGAAUCCCAGCUGGAGUGAAUGUUGCUGAAGUCGACUAUUCAUCUGUAGAAAGCCUGGAGAUUGCACUACGCGGCCACGAUGCUGUUGUAUCCACUUUGGCCCCGCUGGCAAUACCCUUCCAGAAGCCUGCGAUUGAUGCAAGUAUCCUAGCUGGCGUCAGACGCUUUAUUCCAGCCGAUUUCGGUGCCUUGACAGUAGACCCAAGGGCCCAUGAGCUCCCGAAUCAUGGCCGUGUGCUGGAUAUCCAGCAGUAUCUACGGGAGAAAGCCAGUUGUGGAGAGCUGGAGUACACUCUUUUUGCCGUGGGUCCGUUCCUUGACAACGUCCUCUCCAAGCCCUUCGCACUCAACUAUGAAAGCCACACUGCUGUCAUAUACGACGAUGGAAAUCAUCCAUUCAGUACCACAAGUGUGGAUACCAUCGGCAAGGCAGUGGCGGCUGCUUUGAAGAAUGCGAGCGCCACUAGAAAUCGGGUCCUUCGCAUACACGACGCUGUCCUGACCCAGCAGAAGCUUCUAGCUCUGGCAAGGAAAUAUGCUGCUCCUGGGGUUGUGUGGAUGGAGUCGAGAGUUGAUGCUGAGGUUGAGCUUGCAUCUGCGAUCGAACGAGUGACCACGGGAGACUUGAGCCCCCCGGCACUCCUAGCAGUGAUACGGGCUGCGGUUCUGGGUGGGAAAUAUAAAGCAGAAUACAAAGAUGUCGAUAACGAGUUCCUGGGCUUGGGAUUUCUGAGUGACUCGGAGCUGGAGAAGAAGUUCUCAAACCCUUAA